CUGUUACUAGGGACUGUUGUCAGGUGUCCUCCUAAGGAAUGAACGGUAGACUCAGGUUGACGAAGCCCUUGUCGUUUGCUGACUGUGUUGGGGAUGAGCUGCCAUGGGGCUGGGAAGCCGGGUUUGACCCCCAGAUUGGUGUCUACUACAUCGACCACAUCAACAAAACCACACAGAUUGAAGACCCCAGGAAGCAAUGGAGGGGGGAGCAGGAGAAGAUGCUCAAGGACUACCUCUCGGUGGCACAGGACGCCCUGCGGACGCAGAAGGAGCUGUACCACGUGAAGGAGCAGAGGCUGGCCCUGGCCCUCGAUGAAUACGUGCGAUUGAAUGACGCCUAUAAGGAGAAGUCAAGCUCCCACACAAGCUUGUUCUCAGGAUCCUCCUCGAGUACUAAGUACGAUCCUGACAUUUUGAAAGCGGAGAUCUCCACCACGCGAUUGAGGGUUAAAAAGCUGAAGCGGGAGCUCUCUCAGAUGAAGCAGGAACUGCUCUAUAAGGAACAAGGCUUCGAGACCCUGCAGCAAAUUGAUAAAAAAAUGUCUGGAGGCCAGAGUGGCUAUGAGCUUAGCGAGGCCAAAGCCAUUCUCACGGAACUGAAAUCCAUCAGAAAGGCCAUCAGCUCAGGAGAGAAGGAGAAGCAGGACCUGAUGCAGAGCCUGGCUAAGCUGCAGGAGCGGUUUCACCUGGGCCAGAGCAUCGGCAGGUCGGAGCCAGACCUGAGGGCCAGUCCCGCGAACUCUCACCUCUCCCUCUCCCGACAGACCCUGGACGCCGGGUCCCAGACCAGCAUUUCCGGGGAGAUCGGAGUGAGAAGCAGAUCCAAUUUAGCUGAAAAGGUCAGGCUGAGUCUACAGUAUGAAGAAGCCAAAAGAAGCAUGGCCAACCUGAAAAUUGAGCUGUCGAAACUGGACAGUGAAGCCUGGCCCGGGGCGCUGGAUGUUGAGAAGGAGAAGCUGAUGCUGAUUCACGAGAAAGAAGAACUUCUGAAGGAGCUCCAGUUCGUCACUCCGCAGAAACGCACCCGAGACGAGCUGGAGCGCCUGGAGGCCGACCGCCAGCGGCUGGAGGCGGAGCUGCUGUCCGUGCGGGGCGCCCCCAGCCGGGCGCUGGCCGAGAGAUUGAAACUGGAAGAGCGAAGGAAGGAGCUGCUCCAGAAACUCGAAGAAACGACCAAAUUAACUACUUAUCUGCACUCAGAGCUGAAAAGCCUCUCCGCCAGCACCCUGUCCAUGUCGUCCGGGAGCAGCCUGGGCUCCCUGGCCUCCAGCCGGGGGUCCCUGAACACCUCCAGCAGGGGCUCGCUCAACUCCCUCAGCUCCAGCGAGCUCUACUACACCAGCCCGGGCGACCAGCUCGACUCGGACUAUCAGUAUAAACUGGACUUCCUCCUGCAAGAAAAGGGUGGUUACGUCCCUUCUGGGCCCAUCACCACCAUCCAUGAGAACGAAGUGGUCAAGUCCCCCAGCCAGCCCGGCCAGAGUGGUCCCUGUGGGGCAGCCGCCGUGGGCCCUGCGCCCCCGCCGACCGAGGCCCCCAAGUCUGUGACGUCCCUGUCCUCGCGGUCCUCCCUGUCCUCCCUGUCCCCUCCCGGCUCCCCCCUGGUGCUGGAAGGCACCUUCCCCAUGUCUUCCCACGACGUCCCUCUCCACCGGUUCACCGCCGACUUCGACGACUGCGACGUGAGCAGCCACUUCGCAGACAUGGGCCUCGGCGACAGUCAGAUCCUGCUGGACGCCGACGCGGGGGGCGCGUCCCAGGCCCUGUUAGAGGACAAAGACCUGCGAGAAGGCGCCAGGGAGCCGUUCUACGAAGGCGCCGCAGACGUGGAAAAGGCGGCCCCCAAGAGGAGAGGCGCGCACUUGCUCGGGGAGAGGACGGCGUGCGUGUCGGCGGCCGUGUCGGACGAGUCGGUGGCGGGAGACAGCGGCGUCUACGAAGGCUUCGUGAAACAACCCAGUGAAGUGGGAGACGUUGCCUACGGUGAAGAGGAUACUGGCGUCGUCAUGGAGACGGCGCAGGUGCAGAUCGGGCUCAGAUACGAUGCGAAAAGGGCCAGUUUCAUGGUGAUUAUAGCACAACUCCGGAAUCUCCAUGCCUUCCUGAUACCUCAUACUUCAAAAGUGUAUUUCAGGGUUGCUCUGCUCCCCUCCUCCACGGACGUCAGCUGUCUGUUUCGAACAAAGGUGCACCCGGCCACGGAACCCCUUCUGUUCAGCGACAUGUUCCGAGGCGCGGAGGAGUGCCUGGCUGGAACUCAGAUCAGUCUGGCCGAUUUGCCGUUUUCCAAUGAGAUUUUCACUCUGUGGUAUAAUCUGCUUCCUUCUAAGCAAAUGCCCUCUAAAACGAAUGAAGAAGAACACGAGGAUUCAGUAUUCCAACCAAACCAGCCAUUGGUGGAGCCCAUAGACCUGGAUGCAGUGUCAGCCUUACUCGCAAGAACAUCGGCGGAGCUGCUGGCCGUGGAACAAGAAUUAGCACAAGAAGAAGAAGAACCGGGGCCGGGAGAGGAGCAAAGGGGCCCAGAUGGAGACUGGUUGGCGAUGCUGAGAGAGGCCUCUGACGAAGUGGUGGCUGAGGAAGAGGCCGGCGUGGCGUUGCCCGGGGGAAGCAGGCGAAUGGGAGACCUAAGCUCAUGCCCGAGUGUGCCCGAGACAGCUGAAGACACGAGGAGGGGAGGAAACAGCUGUGCCAACAGCUCUGGCAGCCAGCCCCCUCCGGGAAUGCCCACCCUGGUUGAUAAGGAGACAAACACAGAGGAGGCUGAGGACGCUGGCCUGGCGGUUCGGCCCAAAGAGCGCAGCGGGCUGAGCGCGCGGCAGCGCCCCCUGGUGAGGAGCAGCGUGAUCGUGCGCUCGCAGACCUUCUCGCCCGGGGAGCGCAGCCAGUACAUCUGCCGGUUAAAUCGCAGUGACAGUGACAGCUCAACCCUGGCUAAAAAGUCUCUGUUUGUGAGAAACUCCACUGAACGGCGCAGUUUGAGGGUCAAAAGGGCGGUUUGCCAGCCCGUCCUCCGAAGAGCGGCCCAGGAGUGCCCGGUGCGCACGUCCCUGGACCUGGAGCUGGACCUGCAGGCCUCGCUCACCCGCCAGAGCCGCCUCAAUGACGAGCUGCAGGCGCUGCGGGACCUGCGGCAGAGGCAGGAGGAGCUGAAGGCCCAGGGGCAGACGGACCUCCCGCCCGGCGUGCUGGAGGACGACCGGUUCCAGAGGCUGCUGCGCGAGGCCGAGAAGCAGGCUGAGCAGUCCAAAGAGGAGCAGAAGCAAGACCUGAACGCGGAGAAACUGCUGAGGCAGGUCUCCAAGGACGUGUGUCGGCUGCGGGAGCAGAGCCGCAAGGUGCCUCGGCAGGUGCAGUCCUUCAGGGAGAAGAUCGCCUACUUCACCCGAGCGAAGAUAAGCAUCCCGUCGCUGCCGGCCGACGACGUGUGACGCGUCCUGCAGAAAUGGGUGUCUCCCUGGCCCCUUAGGGAGGAAGAGACUGAGCACUGUGGUGGGUCUGUCGGGGGGGAGGGUGUGUAACUGUCAACUCUUAGAGAGCUGUUAUUUCUCAUCAGAAUUUCGACAUGCUAAUUUGUAAAGGACUUGGAAUAUAAUUCUUAUAUAAAAAAGUAAGAAAAAUCAGGUAACCAAGCGGGCUAAUCUGGUGCCCAGAUGUUGUACAGCAGGAGUGGGUUGUAAACGGAAUCGGGCGAACCGGCCGAGGCGGCUCUUGCUCUUCCUGGUUUUCCUGCGAAGGCCGGGAAGCUGGCCGAGCGCCCGCGGUGUCUUGUACUGGAGAGCAGCAAGUUCAACGUGAAUGAGCUUCGGAGCGGAGCUCCAGGGCCGCCUGAAGCCGGCGCUGUGUUCAUCUCCGUCACCUGUGUUGGAACGCGUUUCCUUAGAGCAGUUUCUUUUUUGUCUUUUUUUGUUUGUUUGUCUAAAGAAAACAAAAUGCUGAGUUCAAGCACAUAGGAUGCAGACCUGGAGCAGGCUCCCGGCUGCGCGGAAGGCCUCACGGCCUCUGACCCCGAGGGCAGGGGGGAGGGUGUCUGCAGCCACGGAAACACGCGCCCCUGCCCCACAGGGUUGUGGGGGGCGGUCAGGUGUGAGUCUGGCUCGUGCGGGGUGUGGGAUGGUGUCAAUAGAGGAACGGGGUGGCCCUCGUCCUAAGGACAGAGCUGAAGACGGGGAGGGAACCCCAUCGGCAUCCGUGUGGUGAAACCAGGAACAGGAAAGGGUAUCCUGAUUGAACCAAAGGUGCCAAAACACACACGAAGAAUUGAAGUCCUUUAUUAAACAGGUUUGUAACAUUUCGUAGCAGCUCCUUGCAGCCUCAUUGAGGGGAUCCUGUCUCUCUGGGAAGGAGCUGGGAGGCAAGGAGAAGAGAGUGCCUGGGAGACUUGAAGUACUGGCUAAGCCGUCUGUCUCAAACAGAGCCGUUGCGGAUGGACGCUUAGAGCUGUUGAAACGUCCCUGCAGCGUCUCCCAGCGUAGAGUUCCAGCUGGCCCAGCCCAGGCCUCCCUAAAAGGAACAAAACCCCAGUGUAGCCCACCAGCAUGAAGGCGUUUAAAUAGUUCUAUGCAAUUUAAUACUCAGUUUGUAAUACUGGAAGAGGCAAUUUUUGGCCAGCCAUCUUUUAUAGCAAACUAAAUCCUUUUUUUUUAGAGAUGCAAAAAUCAUCUUAAAGGAAUAGGCCCCUUUAAACACACACACACACACAGACACACACGUUCUGUUUCUAAGCAAGAAUCCUCAAUAGCAAGAAUUUUUAUUUUCUUGAAAGCAGUUACACAUAUUUCAGAAAGUGAAUUUUAUCAGAAUCAAAAUUCAAACGAAGCAGUUUCUGAGCCUUGAACUUGAUUGUUUCCUGAGUGUCCCACCACUUACAUACAAGUGUCUUUGAAGCUAUAACUGGACCUGACACUACUUUGAGCAAAAACCAGCUUUGUGAAUUGACCACAUACAGUCCUGCGGGUCUGCCCAGUUUAUUCUCUCAGCCAGGUGAGGAAAACUAGAGAAGAAUACCAUUCAUCCUUGUCAAGGUCAAAUGUGAAAGAGAAGUUUAUUUAAUGUAGAGAUAAAUGAAGGUCAGCUGUUUUCAGCUUCUUAGUUUGACCAUGAAAAUGUUUAUAGAAUUAUGUGUAGUUGUACCGUACGAUUUUAUUUUCUUCAUUUAUUUAUUUACGGUCUUAUUUAUGUUCUGUUUAAUAUAUAGUUCGGUUCUGGCCAUUUAAAAUGUUUGACAUAGAAGAAGCUAUAUUGGAAUAUUUACAGCUUUAUAAAUCACCAGAUCAGCUGUUAACUUUUUGCAAUACAGAAAGUUUCAUAUAAGAGAAUAAAAUCUGUCUCCGGCUGGUAGUUAGCAGUUGUGACCAAGAAGCUUUCGGUUUUAUUUUACAAAAUUUGCUUAUUUCUAACACAAGAGAGAAACUUAUUUUAAUAUAAUCCUUUUCCACACUUUAAAAAUCAGCCUUAGUGUUAUGUAUUUAUAGGCAGCCUUUAACAAUCCUGUCAUAUUUGUACUAACCCAAAUGAUUCACAGUGACACAUUUUAAUAACUUGAUCACAAAACCAUAUGGACAAUAUGAAUUUUAAUAUUAUAAAUGCUAUUUUUUAAAGGUAGAAUUUAUUCUGCACAGGGUAAAAAGAAUGUAAUAUUUAGUUCUCAAGUUUGAAUUAUCAACAUGUUACUACAGUUUUGUAUAUCAGAAUCUAAGUGUUACAGGUACAAAAGCAUACUGCUAGCCAAAUGAACAAAGUUUAGCUGAAUCUCUGUCGCAUGCAAAUCAAAAAAAUUUUAAAUCCUUUUUUUUUUUGCUAUUACUUUAUAUUGUAUUAAAUAUCAAAAGCUCAGGACUGAACUAAAUAUUUAAUCAGGUUAAAUUCUGAAUAUGUUUCUGUUUUAAUUUGUCUUGUUUGUAAAAGUGUGCAAAUAUAUCACAUAGAUUAACUGG